GGAUUUGAAAAGGAAAACUUAAGGACAUCAUAUUUUCCAAAAUUUACAAAACAAAGAGUGAUUAACAAAUUGUAGUCCCUUCUCUUCGAAGCCCAUCCCACCCUUGUACGCAUCAUGCCAAAUAUCUCAGUGACCACCCCCGCCUCCCUGAUGGCCGCCGCCACCUGGUCAGCCAUGGUGGCCCAAAAACCCAAUGUCUCCGAUAUGGCAUAUCACAGCUAUAACCACACAACGUUGAUGCACCACGAACCGGGUCAUCACCAUCCGGUGCUAGAUCUAAUGCCGGCGAGCCAUACCACCACCUCCGAACCAGCCAUCCAGGCACCCCGAGAACGUGAUGACCUCAUAGAAAAUAAUUUCGUGCAGAUAUUCUUCUGCAUCCUCUACACAACCGUCUUCAUUUUGGGGGUCUUUGGCAAUGUCCUGGUCUGCUAUGUGGUGCUGCGAAAUCGAGCCAUGCAAACGGUCACGAAUAUCUUCAUCACGAAUUUGGCUUUGUCCGAUAUUUUGUUGUGCAUCCUGGCUGUGCCUUUUACACCGCUCUACACCUUCAUGGGCAGGUGGGCCUUUGGCCGAACGCUAUGCCACCUGGUCUCCUUCGCCCAGGGUUGCAGCAUCUAUAUCUCCACACUCACCCUGACCUCCAUUGCCAUUGACCGGUAUUUUGUCAUCAUCUAUCCGUUUCAUCCGCGCAUGAAAAUGUCCACCUGCAUAGCCAUUGUGAUAAGUAUCUGGGUCAUAUCGCUGCUGGCCACCCUACCCUAUGGCAUGUACGUGAAGGUGGUCAAUGACUAUGGCAAUAUGACGGAGGAGGGAAUGGGCCUAAAUGCCACCCAAUUUAAUUUCAAUGCCUCCUCUUCUUCGGCGGCGGCGGCGGCAUCUGUGCCCCUAAAUGCCUCCUAUGCCCCACAGCGGAACUAUGAUGCCUACAUGCAAAUUGUCUCCUCCAGCUCAACAAUAUCCGAGGCAGAGGUGGCCAGCAGUUCCAUCAGCUACUGCGAGGAAGACUGGCCCACGGAGCGAUAUCGCAAGGUCUUCGGCUCGGUCACCACAAUUCUGCAAUUCGUAUUGCCUUUCAUCAUCAUUUCCAUCUGCUAUAUCUGGAUAUCCUUUAAGCUGAAUGCCCGGGCCAAGGCCAAGCCCGGCUCCAAGUCAUCGCGCAAAGAGGAGGCCGAUCGGGAUCGCAAGAAACGCACCAAUCGCAUGCUUAUAGCCAUGGUGGGGGUGUUUGGCCUCUCCUGGCUGCCGCUAAAUGUGGUCAACAUUUUUGACGACUUCUAUGAGAAAUCGAAUGAAUGGCGUUUCUAUACCCUGUUCUUCUUUGUGGCCCAUUCCAUUGCCAUGUCCUCCACGUGUUACAACCCCUUCCUCUAUGCCUGGCUAAAUGAGAAUUUCCGCAAGGAAUUCAAACAUGUACUGCCCUGUUUCAAUCCCUCCAACAACAACAUCAUCAACAUCACCCGAGGCUACAAUCGUUCCGAUCGCAACACCUGCGGCCCCCGGCUGCAUCAUGGUAAUGGAGGUGCCGCCACCCGAGGUAGUAGUCUGGAAAACGAUGAACACGACGAUGGUAAUGCCAUAACCCAGGACACCACCCUAACCACCAAGGAUAAGUUGUUAAUCAUACCGCGAGAACCCACCUAUGGCAAUGGCCACAAUGCCCUCUCCCCGUGCCUGGAUCGUGGUGUCAAUGUGGCACUGGUCCAGUGCAGCAAACAGGUGGAAAUCCUGCUGAAUGAUAAUGACAUACGGAAUCAUCGUUACGAUGACUUCGACAACGAGUCGUGUGAGGAACAAACGAUUGAGAUGCGUUUCAACGAAACACCCUUCAUCAGUUCGGACAACAAUACCCAGAUCAGUAUUAUGGAGACAAGUACCAGCUGUGAGGCUGAGCGCAGUGGCGGUGGCAGCAGUGAGCGCAUGCAGCGAAGUAACUGAGGAAGGAUUAUUGAGACGCAUUUUUAAGAAGCAGAAAAAAAUGCGUUGAAAUCAGAAGGAUGGCAGCUGCAGGAUAAAAUCACAAGAUAACACCCCACCCCCUUAACGCCAUAAAUCUCAAGAAAAUUAUUUGUAUUUUUUCACAAAGCAAAAACAAACUAAACUGUAAAAGUAGAAACUGAAAAAAAGAAGAGGAGAAUGAAGACCAGCCACAUAAUAUAAUAAGGAAAUCCAUAAGUAAAAGUAAAAUUAAAAAAAGAAAAAUUCUUUAGAUACCAAACAAGGAGAAAAAAAUAAUAAACUUUAUAAAUAAAUAGCA